AUGCUCGGGUGUGAGGGAGGGGCAGGGCUGCGGAGGUGGCUGACCCUGGUCACAGGGCUGCUGGAGUGCCUUUGUUUUGCUGGGGCCGUGUUCGGCUGGGCCUCCCUGGUGUUCGUCCUGAAGACAGAAGGCUACUUCAGCUACCUGUGUGUCAACAUCCCCGGGGUCAAUGGAAUGCAAUUCCUAGACUGCAGUGGUCAGGAUGAACAGUUCUCCCUCAUCUUCACCAUCGCUUCCUUCAUGCCCAACUUUCUACUGCUGCCCAAUGGCUUCCUGUUCGACCGUUUCGGCACCAUGGCAGCCAGGCUGCUGGGAAUAUCACUGUACACCACUGGUGCCUUGUUUGUGGCCUUUUCAAGUUCAGCUCUGUCCUCUCUCCUCUUCCCGGCGCUGUCCUUCAUCGCUGUGGGAGGCAUCUUGUUGCUGGUCACCAACAUGCAGAUAGGCAACCUGUUUGGUUCCACUCGCUCCACCGUCAUCACCCUUUACAAUGGUGCCUUCGACUCCUCCUCUGCCCUCUUCCUCAUCAUCAAGCUGCUAUUUGAGGUUGGGAUCUCUCUACGUGCCUCUUUCCUCUUCCUGGCUGCGUGUGGCGUCAUCCACCUGGUCAGGACCUUCCUCCUGCUACCCAGAACACACAUCCCCUACCCCCCCCCUGAAGGCUACACCUACGGUGCUGCCGUUACUUCCUGUGACAGGAUGAAGAGCUGUGGUCAGACCAACACCUUCAGCCCAGAGCAGGCAGCAGCCAACGGCAACAUGCAGAGGGAUGAUGUCACGGAGGAAAUGCCUUUUAACAAGGAGAGCACAGAGAAUGUGGCUACUUUCUGGGAGUGUUUCCUGUCCAAGUUCUUCAUCUGGCACCUGGUGUGGCUUUCCGUCAUGCAGCUGAGGCACUACCUGUUCAUCGGCACCCUCAACCCCAUGCUGCAGAGACUGACCCAGGGAGAACCCUCUCUGGUGAGCACGUACACCAAUGCGUUUGCUGUGACCCAGCUGUGUGGGGUGCUGUGUGCCCCCUGGAACGGCCUCAUCAUGGACCGACACAAGGGCAAGCCCAGGACCCCCGGAGUGAGUGAGAAGGAGGCAGACCUGCGUGCGUCGGUGCUCUCCCUGACCCUGACGGCGCUGCAGUGUGUCCUGUUCUCCAUCUGUGCCUCCACCCCCUUCCUCCCCCUCCAGUACCUCACCUUCAUCCUGCAGGUCCUCAACCGAUCCUUCCUCUAUGGAGGCCAUGCAGCCUUCAUCACUAUUGCUUUUCCUCCCUGUCACUUUGGGAAGCUGUAUGGUAUGACCAUGGCUCUGUCUUCAGUGGUUUCGCUGCUACAGUACCCCUGCUUCAUCCUGGUCAAAGGAGCGCUGGGAGGAGACCCACUAUACGUGAACAUAGCUCUGACGUUACUCAGCCUGCUGGCCUUCAUCCAUCCUGUCUGUGUCUAUCUGCAUUGUCGUGGCCUGGCAGCCCGGAGGGGUAAACCCAAGGACUCACCUUCCUCUUAG